UCAGAACAAAGGAGCAGUGAUUGGCUAGUUUACAUCAAGUCACCUGCAUUGCAGAUUUUCUGGCUUUAUGGAAAGAAGAAAGACAUAAACUUGUAUAGUUUAAGUUUUACUGGUAUUUCUAAUUUUGUUUCUGGCUUUGUCUGAAGCCAUGGGACGUAUUCAAUGUGUGGUUCUACUGUGGCUGCUGGUCAUUGGGGAGCUCCAAGCAACAAUUAAAUCUGUCCCUCAUGAUUUUGAUUCUGCUAAGAGCAAUGAGCCCCAAGUGUACGGCUACCAGCUGAUGCCCCAGUAUCAGGUUUCCACUUCCCAGCCUGAGGUUCUCAACGAUCAACAAAAUUAUCCUGACAUUCCUUUUGUGAAUUGGAGGUUACAAAUGCCUCAUAAUCAGCCUAGGGAUAAUCCCCAGCCUCAGCAUUCAAGUGAAGAAAUUAGCCCUCAGCCCCAAGUACCUAUUAAGCAGAAAAAUCUUCACUCCAGAGGUCCUAAUUACUUGCAAAGACUAAAGGUCAAGUCCAGAAAUGAUCAGCAAAGGUUUCAGCGCCAUGUUCCCAACAACUACCAAGAUCCACAGGCCCCCAGCUACUACCAGAAUCCAUAUCCCCAGACCGCCAGCCAUUACCAGAAAGCACAGCCCCAGGCCCCCAGCCGCUAUGAGAAACUGCCAAUUGAGGAACCUCGCAACCACCAAAUAUUCCAAGGACAAAAGCCUGAAUUUCAGGCACCAAGUGACCAGAAGAAGCAUUUGCCCCAAAUACCUAGCAACUACCCAAGGCCUGAGGCACAUGGAUAUUAUCAAAAACCUAAAUCCCAGGUGCAGAACUACCAGGAAAGCCCUUUGCCCCAAGCAUCCAAUGAACACCAGAGAACUCAGCCUCAGGCCCCAAGCCAUUACCAGCAACAAAAACCUAAACCACAGGCAUCCAUAUACCAACCAAUAACUAAGCCCCUGAGGGUUGAUCCUCAAAUGCUAAGCUACCAAAAGAGAGCACAGCCACAAUCACCCAGCCACCAACAAAGACCUCAGCAACCUCAGCCUCAGGUUCCAACCUACCAGCAAAGAUCCCUGCUCCGGCAGUUCUUUACACCAAGGAACCAACACAAAAAUCAAACACUAUCAUUAAGACUACAAAAGAGAACUAAUCCACAAAAGUCUAUGCCCCAAGUGCCAUCCUACCAACACAGAAGUCGCCUCGAGACACCCAGCCACUACCAGAAACCCCAGCCCCAAGCACCUAGCCACCACCAGAAACCUCUACCACAGAAGCCUGAGCCCCAGGCUCUAAGUUACCAGCAAAAACCUCAAUUUCAGGCACCUAGUCACCAACAGAGACAGCAGAUACCGGAGGUCCAGGGUCAAGGUUUUUUACAGAAAUCUCAGUUCCAGGCACCUAGCCACCAACCAGUACCUCAGACACACAGGCUUGAGCUGAUGAACCAGAAGCAAAUGCAAUCCAAAGCGCAGAGCCACUACCAGAACCCACAGCCACAGACGGCUAAGCUUCAGGUGCCAAGUGACCAACAGAAACCUCAGCUCCACAUAUUCAGCCACCUACACAGAACAUCCCCACAAAAGCCUAUGCCUCAAGAUUCAAGCCACUAUCAGCAACAUCUGCCACAGAAGUCUGAGCCCCAUGAGACAAGCUACAGGCAACGUUUUCCACUACAGGGACUCAACUACCAGCAGUGGCCCAAACCCCAAGGUAUAAUUGGCCACCAACAAGGGUCCCCAAACCAGGGGUCUCAGGGGUCUUCUGACCAGCAGCAUCAUAUACUUCAGAGGCCUCAAUCUUAUGGGCAUGGAUACAAGCAAAAUCCCUCAUUACAGGUACCCAUUAACCAGCUAAGGCCUCAGCCCAAGAGAUCAGACAACCAGCAGAAUUUGCCUAAGCCUCAUGCACCAAACAAUCAGCCAAAUCCUCUGGUCUGGGAACGUCUGUUUUCUGAUGGCAAGUUUCACUCGUUGGACGCAUCUGAAGGAAGACAAAGUGUUCCAACAGGGUGAGUUUGGAAGUAAGAAGACUUGAUUACAACACAAGGUUGUUAUUUUUGGUUUUUUUCGGUCUGUUUUUGCAGUUUCAUCCAGCUUACAGCAAAAAUUAACGACGACUAGUGGCUUAACUGUCGUUCCUUUUCUUUACAGUUAAAUAAAAUAUUACUUAAAGGUU